AUGGCAGCCACGAAUACGCACAGCCAUAGUUACUAUGCCGACAGCAUGUACAACAUGUACCACCAUGGCCUGCCGCCCACCUACUACGAUAAUAGCAACAGCUACUACCAGCAGAGCAACUCCACCUCCUCCUGCUCGAGUUGGCCGACGAGCUACCAGCCCAGCAGCUAUGCACAGUACGGCCAGGAGAGCUACGGCGAGAGUUGCUACUACUCCAACUACCAGCACCAGCACCAGCUCCAGCAGCAACAGCAGCAGCAGACAAUGACAAUGCCUGCUCCAGCUGCACUGCCUCAUUACCAAGCACCAGCUCCGGUUUCGGUUCCGGUUCCGGCUCCGGCUGCAGCUACAGUGACCACACCCGCCCCACUGAAGAGCCGCAAGCGGAAGGCAGAGGAGAGCGCUGCGGACAUCAUUGCCGCCGUGGAGGAGCGACCAAGCACAUUGCGUGCCCUGCUCACGAAUCCCGUCAAGAAACUGAAAUACACGCCCGACUAUUUCUACACCACGUUCGAGCAGGUGAAGAAGCCCAACAGGAGCAGCUCCGCCGGAGAGCUGUCACCCUGCUACGAGCAGGACUACGCCGUGCCAACGCCCUCCACCCAGCAGACGCACAUGUCGCCGCAGCGCAGCAGCAGCGAAGAUGUUGACUAUCUGGAUGUGUACUCGCCACGUAAGCAGGCCAAGCAUGGCGACUUUGUCACCCCGCCACCGGCAGCCACCACGCCCACCGCCACCACACCCGCCUCCCUUGUCGAUGGCAUUGGUAUUGGCAUUGGCAUUAGCACGCCACCCCAGUCGCCGGCCGAGAAGAAUGAAAUCAAUCAUCGCAAUGUGACAGCUGCCUCCAGUAGCAGCAGCAACAACGAAUUCAAUUGGUCGCACAUUGAGGAGACUCUCGCAUCAGAUUGCAAAGAUUCGAAACGCACUCGUCAAACCUACUCGCGCUACCAGACCCUGGAGCUGGAGAAGGAGUUCCAUUUCAAUCGGUACAUCACUCGCCGCCGUCGCAUCGAUAUUGCCCAUGCGCUGAGUCUGAGCGAGCGCCAGAUCAAGAUCUGGUUCCAGAACCGACGCAUGAAGUCCAAAAAGGAUCGCACCCUGGACACCUCAUCCGAGCACUGCACCAGCGCCGGCUAUGCCUCCCUCUUGCCGCCCUUAGAUAUCAUCGCCGUGCCUCCACCACAGUCGCAGUCGCUGCCGCAGUCACAGUCUCAGUUGCCCUAUGCUGCAUACCCCGCUUACUUGCCCGCCACACAGCAGAGCUAUGAUUACCCGCAGCAGUCGCCGCCGCCGCCGCCGCACUUUGGCCAACAGUACGAGGCACAGUACACACCGGAAUACCAUCAACAGGCCCAGCAGCAGUGCAACUACCAGCAGCAGCAGCAGCAGCAACAACAACAACAACAGCAGGAGCUAAGCACCUCCAACCAAGCGCUCUAUCAUCUACCACUGCCCUAA